GAUGCUGCUAACGCGCAGACACAAUUUAACUAACUAGAAUUUAGCACACGAAUACCUAAAUCCCUGGCCACUAUACAGCCACCCAAAUAACAGCCCUCUUACAGACUCAUACUUUCUACCUAAUGUACAUUAUACUUAUAUUUGUUAGAUCUAAAAGAGCAAAAAGGACUCUCGCUAAAUUGUAGACACAAAAAAACAGGUUUAUAGAUGCUUUCGACAAAACUUCACAGAUUAGUAAGACAAAACUAUUGCUGCAACAAAGAUCUAAAUUGUAUAUACAGGACGAAAGAAAAAAAGUAACAAAUUUAAAAAUAGAUAGAUAAAAAAAGAAAAAAAAUAAGUUAUAUUAUAUGUGCAAUUUAUCUCACUAUGUCCGAAAAUAAUACUGCUGUUAGUUUGCAGUGUGACAAUUUUUAUCAAAUAAGUGAUGAUGAUUUGGACGAUUGUGAAGAUUUACCCGAUGAUUACAUACUUGAUGCAAAUGAUGGACCUAAUUCAUCCUCAGCGAGUUUGAAUUUAAUAAACAAUAAUGGACAUCCUCGAGGACCCUAUGAACGUGCGUGGACAACAGAAGCUACCAGAGCAUUAAUACACAUACGAGGUCCUAUGGAACAUCGUUUCACUGAGGGAAGGCAAAAACGUACAGCCCUGUGGUUACAUUGUACGCGUCAGCUACAAAAAAUGGGAUUCCGUUACAGUGCGGCAAAAGUUCAAAAAAAGUGGCACAACAUUUUGAUAACCUACAAUAAGAACUUGUGCAAAAAAUAUACGUCCGGCUAUGUGCAUUGGGAAUUUUUCGAAGAAAUGUUCAAAUACCUACAAGGUAAAAGAGCUAAUUUUGAUCUGCCGCCAGCUAAGAAACAACCCCCACCCACACAAAUGAAAACAUCUUCAACGGAUAAUUUCAAUAUACAAUUUAUAAAUGCUAAACAGGAAGAAGUUGUACCGCAUCAAGUUGAAUUGGAUUCGAAAUCGAAUGACGACUAUGAUGAAGAAGACAGCACAACAAUGUCGGAUAUGAAAAAACCAAAAUUGGAAUUGAACGAUGAUAAUAAUUAUGAAUUUCCUUUGGAAAUAGUCGAUUCUAAUAAUUAUUCUCAAAUGAAUGCAAAACUUGAAGAGGUUGAAAAUGUGUUUCCGAAAAAUUUCGGCAAGGAAGCGAACUCUGAAAUGUAUGCCGCCGGUGGUGGUAGUGGUAGUGAGUGGUGGCAGGAGUAUUUCGAACGUAAAUUACAAGUUGAACGUGAUAAAAUUGAACUACAAAAAGAAAUGCAUCGAGAACUGAUGCAAUUUAAUAAGAUGUCUUUACUGCAACAGGAAAAAAUUGAACGUGUCAAAAUCGAGGCCAUUAAUAGUUUAACAAGUACUUUACAAAAAUUAGUUGAAGUUAAAUAUAAAAAUAAUAAUUAAUAAAAAAAUAAGAAUAA